AUGGCUUAUUUAAAUUCAAAAAAAGUAAACCGAUUUAAAUGUACUGAUAAAUCAGUACAUUUAAAUCAAGUAAAAUAUAUAGUGCUGGUAAAUCUCAAGUUCCUUUUUCAAGCAAAGUACAUCUUUUUAAUUGGUUCUGUAGAUUUUGGGCUAAUUGGAUUGGCCGUUAUGGGGCAAAAUCUUGUUUUAAAUGCUGCAGAUAAAGGGUUUACAAUUUGUAGGUUCACAGUUGCUGUAUUCAAUAGAACAGUAUCAAAAGUUGAUCAAUUUUUGGAAAAUGAGGCUCAAGGAAAGCCUAUUGUUGGUGCACAUUCCAUUGAAGAAUUUUGUUCUUUUUUAAAGCAUCCUCGUUGCAUAAUGCUUCUUGUUAAAGCAGGAGAGCCAGUAGAUCAGUUUAUUGAACUUCUUCUUCCUUAUAUUGAAAAAGGAGAUAUUAUCAUUGAUAUAGAUGGUGGAAACAGUUAUUUUGUUGACACUAAUACUCGUUAUGAAAGGUUGAAAGCUAAAGGUAUUCUUUUCGUUGGAACCGGAAUAUCAGGAGGAGAAGAAGGUGCUAGGCAUGGGCCAUCGAUUAUGCCUGGUGGAAAUUCUGAUGCAUGGAAGCAUAUUAAACAUAUUUUUCAAACUAUUGCUGCUUACUCUGAUGAUAAGCCAUGCUGUGAUUGGGUUGGUGAAUCUGGUGCAGGACAUUAUGUCAAAAUGGUUCACAACGGGGUUGAAUACGGUGAUAUGCAACUAAUCAGUGAAGCGUAUGAUUUGAUGAGACGAGGCCUUGAGAUGAGUAAUCAAGAAAUUGGUGAUAUAUUUGAGCAAUGGAAUAAAGGUGUUCUUAAUUCAUUUUUAAUUGAAAUUACUUGUAAUAUUUUUCGUUAUAAAGAUGAUAAUGACGAAUAUAUAAUUGAUAGAAUUAUGGAUUCUGCUGGGCAAAAAGGUACUGGAAAAUGGACAGCUAUUUCUGCAUUUGAUUUAGGUGUACCAGCAACUCUUAUUUCUGAGGCUGUUUUUUCUAGAUUUCUUUCAAAUAUGCAGGAAGAAAGAAUUAAUGUUUCUAAAAAAUUUCAAAGAUUAAAUACUAAAUACACAGGGAACAAAAAAGAAUUCAUUUGCCAUUUAGAACAGGCACUUUAUGCCAGCAAAAUCAUUUCAUACACUCAAGGUUUUAUGCUAAUGAAACAUGCUGCUACUAAUUAUAAUUGGAAACUUGAUAACUCUAGCAUUGCACAUAUGUGGCAAGGUGGGUGUAUUAUUCGUAGUGUUUUUUUAAAAGAAAUUUCCAAAGCUUAUUUAGAAUCACCUGAAUUGGAAAAUCUUUUACUAAAACCAUUCUUCCACAAUGCCAUAUUAACUGCUGAGCCUUCGUGGAGAAAAAUUGUUGCAAGUGCAGCUGAAAUGGGAAUUCCAACGCCUGCUUUUUCAACUGCUCUUUCAUUUUUUGAUGGAUAUAGAAGUGAACAUCUUCCAUCUAAUUUAAUCCAAGCCCAAAGAGAUUAUUUUGGCGCACAUACUCUUCAACUUCUUCCAAAAACAUCAAAUACUGCUUCUCAAGAGGCCAAAAAUGUUCAUAUUAAUUGGACAGGUCAUGGAGGUCGUGUAGCAUCUACAUUAUAUACGGCUUGACAUUCGUUUAAUAAUUAUUUUCAUUAUAUUUACUAUUAAAUAUCAUCA